ACUAAACUUGGCAGACACCCAGGAGAUCCCCCGGACCGCCAGUUACCGAGCCCGGGUCGCCGCCGUCCCUCGCCAGCGGAGGAGGUGGACCGAACCUGCGUGUUCUCGGCGCCUCUCCCGCACCGGUCCGUCCCACGGGGAGCGAUGGAGAGCGGUCCGAGGUCUGCGCACACCCCCGGGGCCUCCCCGGCCUCCGGGCCCGCAGAGACCCGCCUCAGUACCUGGACGCCGCUGGUCAACAGGUCUCGCAACCAGCAGUUAUUUGAGGAGAGGAUCAGCUUGCUGCUCCAUUGGUUUGACCUGUGGAACGACCGACAGAGGAAGCACCUGCUGCACGCCCUGCUGACCCGCUGCACCAGGUCCCAGCUCAAAAUCUGCAGAGACUGGCUGAGCGAGCUGGUUCCAGUGACGCGAGUGGACUUCACUGCGGUGCUGCCACGCCUUCUCUCCCUGUAUGUGAUGUCAUUUCUGAACCCGCGUGACCUCUGCUCUGCUGCCCAGGUCAACUGGCACUGGAGGUUUCUGGCCGAGCAGGACUGUCUAUGGGCAGGGCGGUGUGUGCGACUAGGCUGGUUCCUGCCGUACAGUCCAGGGGAGAAGGAGUACGGAGCCUGGAAGAAGCACUACAUCACCUGUGUCUCCACCCUGAGCUGGCUCACUCCUCGAGAGCCUGCCGAGCAGUACGGCACACUCAACAAGCCCACCACUGGAAGGGAGGAGGAGGAGGAGAGAGAAAAGGAGAGGAGGCUCAGGCAGGUCAUCAGAGAGAAGCUGCAAGAGGAUAAGAGACUCCGUCAUCGAAACAGGAGAGCCUGGGGCAGCAGCACACAACCAAGGGACGGCUGGAGCCGGAGAGGGAUGCUCGGCUCUGGGGUCACAUUCAAGUCUGGGUCCCUCCUCUCCUCGUCUGCAGAGAAGAGUGGGUCCACCACUCAGUUCUCUAGCCUCAACAAGGAGCAGCCCAUCAGGCCAUCUCUGAGCCUGGAGAGACGCCCGGUCCUCAAUCCAGUGAGAAACCAUCGAUGGUGUUGCUAUCCUCCACCACAUGCAGUUACCAGCGUGCCUCGCACCAGCCCACCUCUCUUACUGCUCAUCUCUACCAGGAUUCCUGCCUAUGAGCUGGUGUUGAGUGGUUUGAAAGCUGAAGUGGUGUUGGUUCUGUAUGACCACAGAGGGACUCUCGCGGCUCUGUUAGCCCAGGUGGAGAGGGCCCUUGGUGGGCAGCAGGCUCAGAGGUUGGGCCUUCUGGCCCCAGGAGGAACAGAGGAGGUCCAUCUGCUUCACAGUAUUAGCCUAUCAGAGAAGAAUGUGUUGGACCCCGACCUAAGAGAGUUCUGGGAAAAACUAUGCGGCUGGGUUGUAUUAAGUGAGGAAGGAGGAGGGGUGGACAUUUUCUCCCCCUUCGCAGCAUCUGAAUCAGGGGUGGCUCUUAUCCAGACUCUGUCCACUCUGACUGGUCUGGAGGUUCGGGCUCCAAUGGGUCUCGCCACGGGAAGCUUCCAGAAUAUCUUGGGUGAAUGGUCCCACAGUGGCGUGUGUGCUGGAGUUUCAAACCUGCACAUAUGUGAGGAUGCGGUGGUCCCUGCCCUGCACUAUGUGAGUGAGGAUGUGUUGCAGGGCUGGUGCAGACAGGCGCAAUGGAUGGAGGAGGUUCUGAGGGACCUGAGGGGCCUCCUGGGGCCACAGUUACACAGAGUCAGCCUGGAGGCCAGGGGUCGUGCCAUGGGUUACUUCUUGUGGGAGAGAGUCAGCCUCGAGGAUCUCUGUGUGUCUAAAGACGCAACUGAGGCUCUGACUGAAGGAUUGACAGCUUUAGCUGCACGAGGAGAGGCCAGACCUAUGGAGUUCCUGUCCAUCUUCCUGGAAAGAUGGAGCAAGGAGAAGGAGGGAGGAGCAAAUAACAGAGAGGAAGGGGUGGAGGAAUUCAUUAUGACAGAGAAUUGCCCAAAGAGACGACUCAUCCCAACAUUUGAACUACCGCAGUCUGUCUUAGACUGGCGUGGCACAAUAGCCAGAGAGCUAUUCCAUAGUGAAGGCUUAUAUCUGGGCAGACUGGGUGCGGUGUUAAAGGUGUACCUGGAGCCUCUCACAGCAGCCCUCAAUUCCAACAGGGCCAUCCUCAGCUCUGCUCACAUCCACAUGGUCCUCACCCCGGUCACACUGAUACACAAGCUCAACAGGCUGUUUAGGUUGGAACUGGAGGCCAGACUAGAGCAAUGGGGGGCAGAGCAGUGUGUGGGGGAUGUGUGUCUGAAACUGUGCUCCAAACUCCAAGUGUACACCAAUUACCUCAACAACUACCCCACAGCCCUCGGCACCAUAGACAAGUGCAGGGAGAAGAACCCUGCAUUCCGGGCAUUCAUGAAGAGAAUGGACCGAACUCUUGCCACGCACAUGCUGAGCCUACAGGAGCUGCUGCUGUGUCCGGUGUGGCGGGUGGAGGAGUACAUCACUCUGCUGCAGGCUCUGACUCUACACACACCCUCCAGUCAUCCGGACCACACACACAUAACAUCUGCGCUCAACACAUUGUUGCAGUACAGAGAAUUCAUACAAAAGUUGAAGCAGAAUUCGGAGAGAGACAGACUGAUGGAAGAAACACAGAAGAUGAUCCAAGGCUGUCCGAACCUCUGUGAAGGAAACAGACGGCUGAUCAUGACUUGGGAUGCCGCUCUUCUCAGAAGCCCAGAUGAAGACAUUCCAGACUCUCUCAGGACAUUUGAGGAAGUGUCUGACGUCGGACUGUUCCUAUUUACCGACGCAUUGGUCCUGACGGAGAGGAAUGUGUGUCACACACCCUUCAUGCUCGCACUCCGAAGCGCGCACAGUUUCCUGGCCUCCGUGGCCCUCGCCAGCCUGGCUGUCAGAGAGAUCGCACACUCACGCUAUGUGUCUCAUGCCUUUGUGCUGGAGGGCCCUAGGCGGUCCUGGGUGUUGGCCGCGGAGGGAGAUGCUGAGAGGGGGCAGAUCCUCUCUGGCCUGCGUUCUGCCAUACACACUGCUGUGACAGGAGGGGCAUCGGUGACAGGACUUUGACGGUGCUCCAGCAAAAAUGAGUCACCAGAUCUCAACCCGACUGAACACCUAUGGGAGAUUUUGGACCGAGGUGGUAGACAGCGCUCUCCACAACCAUCAUCACAACACCAAAUGAGGGAUAUCUUUUGGAAGAAUGGUGUCCAUCCCUCCAGUAGCGUUCAGAGACUUGUAGAAUCGAUGACAAGGAGCAUUGAAGAUGUUCUGGAGGCUCUUGGUGGACCAACACCUUACUAACACACUUUAUGCUGGGUUUUCCUUCCAUUUGCCACCCGUCUGUGUUCACACGUUGACUGAAUUAGACUGAAGUUACACUUUUUUCCACACUGGAUGUAUUUUUAAUUUGGGUUCUUUUUACUGUAACUUUUAAAUCCUUAAAUCUCUGUAACCUGCGCUUUGACCCAAAUUAUAUUUUUUUUAAAAACACUACUAUAAUAUCUACCUGCAGUUACCACAUUUCUCGGUUUUAUGUUUUCAUUCGGUGAUGAUUUUAAUCCCCAUCAGAUCCAAUGCUGGAAGCCUCCCAGAAACGGGCAUCCGUCAAUCCUUAAAACCUCCUAAUCCAUCACGAAAUGUCAAAAUGUCUUAUAAAUAAAGGUUUGAAUGAAUGAUUGAAUGAAUUACAAUGCAGCAUUUGAAUUUUUAUUUCUGUUACCUCACAUCUAUAAUUGCAUAAUUUGCAUAAUUAAUUGCAUAAUCUCUCUCCAGUCAGACUAGAGGCACUCUGUUGUUGUGGUCAGAUAAGAGGCAUUUAUCCUGUACAAGGUAUAAAAAGUCUUUAUUGAUAAACAAAAAAUAACACCAAUGUUCAGAUCGUCGCCAAAGAGUUUGCGUUACGACGCAUCGAUUAUACACUUGUAUGUACAUUAUUGCCACUUAUUUAAAAAAAAAAAAUCCAUCAAUCCCAUACAAAUAAAAUCUCAAUUUUCUGUCAACAUUACUAUCUAACAUUAUUAAAUCUGCAUACCUCCAGACAAGUCGAUGACGGUGAGCAUGAAGUGAAUUAGGAUGAGAACUGUUUGUGUUACGGAGGGUUUUGUUGCAUCUGUCUCUUUGCUGCUGUAACAGUCUGUGUGUUGCACAUAGGAGCAGUAAACGAGUUGCGGCCUGCAGGCAUCGUAGCACCGUGCAGGAGGACGUGCAGCUGAGCGGGAUGUUUCUUCCAUCUUGUCCAAAAGGAAACCCGGUACCUUAACAGUUAGAAGUGAUGCAUUUGUGGCAUCCGUGUGGCGUAGCGGUCUAUUCCGUUGUCUACCAACACAGGGAUCGCUGGUUUGAAUCCCCGUGUUACCUCCGGCUUGGUUGGGCGUCCCUACAGACACAGUUUGCCGUGUCUGCAGGUGGGAAGCCAGAUGUGGGUGUGUGUCCUGGUCGCUGCACUAGCGCCUCCUCUGGUCGGUCGGGGUGCUUGUUAGGGGGGGAGGGGGAACUGGGGGGAUUAGUGUGAUCCUCCCACGUGCUACGUCCCCCUGGAGAAACUCCUCACUGUCAGGUGAAAAGAAGCGGCUGGUGACUCCACAUGUAUGG